AUGGAUAAAUUAUCGUCGAAAAAUGAAGAAAUUCGAGAAAAAUGGAUAAUUUAUCAAACUUUGGUUAUGAUUUUCGUCAAAUUUUUCUGUUUUCCAUUUUGCUAUUUUUCGUAUGUGCAAAUAUUGGCGGAUGAGGAGCGAUUGGAUUUAAAUAUGAUUUUGAAUGCGGUGAGUGGAAAUUCAGAUUAUUCAUCAUUUUUAGGCCAAUUUUUGAGCUUCUAGGCUCAUUUUAGGCCAUUAUUUUUCAAAAUUUCAGAUCUACUAUCCAUUAUUCAUAAUUGAUAUGUUAACAACACCCAUCGUCUUUCAAAUCACAUAUGUUUUGUGCGACAAAUCGAAUCUGGAAAUUUUGCUGAAAAUGAAAAUGAAUUUCAGAACUUGGAGAAUGAUUUUUUGUGGAUCUUCGAAUCAUGUGGAAAAUCACAAGGAAUUGUAUAAUAUGAGCAAUUAA